AUGCAAUACUUUCACUUCGUAACCGAAUUACACGAUCCCAAAAAUGAAAAUUUACCAUUGACUUUGUUACGUCGAAUUGUUUGUGCAAAAGACUUUUUGAAAAUGACAUCGUUAAGUUAUGAUCUAAGUCGAUUUUAUUUAUUAUUGCAUCAAACAUAUUCACAGUUGGUUGAACAAGAACAGUUUUCAGAAACAACAUUAAAAGAACUGUAUGAAUUAGGGAAACAACAGUAUAAACUACAGAAACAAAUCAAUGCUGAUUAUAACACUAUUGAAAACGGAAUUAAAGCUGUUAAUAAAUACCAUGAAUUUACAAAUGGUCUUAUUCAACCGGGUGGUUGUGAUGAAACACAACGUUUUCAAACGAUCAGUUUCGAUACUCCAAUUAGUUAUUUAACAACAACAGAAAAUCAUGAUGAAGGAGAUAUUAUCAUGAGAAUACUCAGGUAUAGUUUUAAUUUAGUAUGA